CCCAGUUCCCUUGUUGUGGUUGUGUGCAGCGUAUGCAGCAAAAUGUGCCGGGCAGGCAUCCUGGUUCUUUCGGUUUUCUUGGCGCCCACACGCAUGGGAUGCGCAGGACGACUUUGACCCUCUUAGCUUAACGCGCCAUAGGCACGCAUCUUAAAAAGGGGCGUGUCGUAUCAAUUCGGUGACAUCAGCACGGGACCGCCCUAAUCAAGAACCGGCUCUUUUCAUACACGGAACACUUCUGCUCAGCGCUGAGCUCUUGCGGCACCUGUCUGUCUUUAAGUUUCGUUAUUACAGCACCAAGGUCUGUUUCUAUUUCAUUAUUACUGUCGGGGAAACAAGGGUCUUCUAAGACUAUAUAUGUAUGCCGUGCGAAAGAUAGGGAAAACAAACGGCGACUCAAAGGGCACAACUUGACAAGGUAUGUACAGGAUAUUUUUUUAGUAAACCAAGUUCGUUUUAUGAGGAUAAUAGCCAUUCCUUAUGAAUUAUCUAAUGUAGAAUAAUCAGGAUUGUGUGGUCCUGUUUAUAUACUUUUAUCAUGUGGCUAAUUUGAGUAAUAACCGCCUGUUUUGCACAUGGUAAAUAUUAUUGCUCUCUGUAAUACUCAUUCGUUCAUCGUUUUUAACUUAUUUUUAGUUUUAAACUAUGUUGUUUUUAUUGUGUGCACUUUUCAUGUCUAAGUGAGCUAUGCGUGCUGUUGGAAGGACGACUGAAUUUCCCCAAGGAGAUAGCUAAAGUAUGUCUCUAUAAUUAAUCCUAAAUCUAUGUAUCCCGAACCGUUACGUUACAUCGACCGCAAUUAUCGAAUGACACCCAAUAACGGUGACCCAUUCACACACGUUAUCCUACCUUUAUUUAUUUUUUAAAAUUGUUAUUCCGACACGUUUUUCGACUGCGGUCAGGCCAGCCUCCACUCGUAAAAUAGCAGCCAAGCCAGCCGCCCCUAAUUUUGUUCAUACUAGGCAUUACGGUAAUAAGUCGCCAACGCGCGCCGAAGCCACCUUCAAAAUAAAAGCUUCCCAAUAAUACGGACGUCACUGCUCUUGGUUUUAGGAACGCAACCAUCAAAGUUAAUUUGAAUCUUGAAAUACGUUACAUAUAUACAUGGCAUACAUACAUUUAAAAAUGUACUUUAUUUGAUAUCUUAGGAAAAAUAAAUGGUAAUGGACUGCACUUAUAUAGCACUUUAUCUACAUCAUCACAGUGCCCAAAGCGCUUUAAAAAACUUCACAUUCACACACACACACACACACACACAUUCAUAAACCAAUGGGUGACUGCUGCCAUGCAAGGGACUGCCAGGCCCACUGGGAGCAAAUUAGGGUUCAGUGUCUUGCCCAAGGACACUUCGACAGGCGGACAGUCGUAGCAGGGAUUCGAACCUGUUCUACCUACUAAGCCAAAGCCAACCCAACAUAAUCCCAUUGGUAUCGCAAGACAAGUCCAGAUCUGUGUGACAGACCACCAAGGACUCCACGAAAAGAGUGUGUCUGAAAGAAGAGCGUCUGCAGAGUGAAGGUGCAAAAAAGGAGCAGAAACUUUAGUCAACCCGCUCAAGUCCCGUACGAACUAUGGACCUGUCAUUGGCUCACCCAGCUGUCAAAGCCUUCAUGUGUGGUGCUCUAAGUGGAACUUGCUCCACACUGCUUUUCCAGCCCCUCGACUUGGUCAAGACACGUCUGCAAAUGUUGCAGAGUUGCGCGCAGCCUGGGUAAGGGUAAACACGCGCACAUGUUCGUCUUGUGAUGCUUCCCUUGUUUUUACACCCGAUGGACUGGAUGAAGGCUAAAAUGUAACUUUGACUUGAGGUGACCUUUGUAUGGCACUUGCAGCGCAUAGGAACAUGUCGUAGUGCAGUAUUUUAUUUAUUUAUUUUUUUAACCGCUUAUCCGAAUGUUGCUCUUUCAGUUCCGGCCCGCGUAGGGAUGAUGAGAGUGCUUGUGAAUGUGGUGCGGACCGAGAGGCUGCUGGGACUGUGGAAAGGAGUUACACCGUCAUUCAUGAGGACCAUCCCUGCUGUGGGACUCUACUUCAGCACUUACUACCAAUCGAAGCAGCACUUCUUCCAGGGGAAGAGCCCGGGGGCCUUAGGUUCUGUGCUACUGGGAGGUGGGGCCAGGACGGUGGCUGGGGUCCUCAUGCUCCCUGUUACGGUCAUCAAGACUCGAUAUGAAUGUGGCAGGUACCGUUAUGUGAGUGUCCCCAGGGCUCUACGCAGUGUGUGGCGGACUGAAGGUCCCGUGGCUCUGUACUCUGGCCUGAUGGCUACCCUACUCCGAGACGUUCCUUUCUCCGGAAUAUACGUUAUGUGCUACAGCCAGAUGAAGACUAAUUUGCCAAACGAGAUCAACGUGUCUGCUUUCGCUCCUCUGGCUAACUUCAGCUGUGGGAUCCUAGCAGGGGUGUCUGCUUCGCUCGUCACCCAGCCUGCUGAUGUGGUCAAAACUCUUGUUCAAGUGAACCCCCAGUUGAGGACGACAGACGCUGUCAAAUACAUCUAUGCUGAACAUGGAUUUCAGGGCUUCUUAAGAGGGGCAGUGCCACGCUGCCUUAGGAGGACGAUGAUCUCCGCCAUGGCGUGGACCGUCUAUGAGCAGAUGAUGGCAUAUAUUGGGCUGAAAUCUUGAAAAAGAAAGAAACAAAUAAGAAAGAAGAGAUAAGGUCAAGUGACAAAACGAGGAGAAAUGCACCUGUGGAGCUGGCCCUAACGUGUCACAAGUACAGUACAGUAUUUGUCGUUAUUAGGAGAUGCAGAUGUGCACAAAGACAACUCGUCCUAGAAGAAAGAAUGUUAUGCUGAGGUUAGUUUAAGAAAUACUUACAUUUUUAAUGAGUAUUUUUGACUGCGCUUUUAGAUUUGUCACAGUGUAGAAAUAUCUCAGUAAGAGUUCUUGUUUUGGUUUGUCAAGAGUUGUACACCAGUGGGCCCAGACAGCCUACAGUAAGACAUACAUGACGAUGUUCUGGAAAAAGGCUGUGACUUCUGUACCACACACUGAUAUCUUGUAGCUAUUAUGUUAUUUUGCUUGCCUUUACCAUCACAGUUUGUAGUCCUAUAUCACAAUCAUGCCUUAAAAUGAAUGUUCCCAGUAUAUAUUUUUAAAACCUACCUAAGUAUUUAUAUUUUAUAGUACAAUAAAACAAAUAUUCAAUGUCAACAUUGACGUGUGCUUCUUACCCUGCGCUUAAACUCUGUAAAUGAUUCAACCGAAGGAGUCUACCUACCAUCAAGACCUGAAACAUGACCUCAGAUAUGCUGCUGUGCAAAUGCAAGGCAUGUUAAGUUCUGGACCUGAGAUCACUGUAACACAAUACAGUCAGUCUUGGUCUUGUCCAACAAAGCAAAUGUGAAGAGAUGAAACACACAGAGCUGUCUGGUAAAAGUUGAUCUACUUCCCAAAAUAGAAGUUUUGCAU